AUUCCAUUCCUAUUUUCCAAACCGUAAGAAUCUUUCAUUUAUUAAUUUUUUUUAAUUUAAUUUUAGUUUACCGUCACUUUCUCUCUCCAAAAAGAGGGAAGGAGGGGAUGUUUACUAUGUUGUGCUGCUAAUUACAAGGAACCUUACCACUCCGGUCACGCUUUUGCUUACUUCCCUGGUUGCGUGCAUUUUCAUCCUUUUCUGUUUUUUAUAUUCCUCUGUUUUUUAUAUUUUAUUUUUUUCAUUUCAUCUGUUUUUCUUCAUCUUUCUCGCUUGCAAAUCACAAAGUUAAAUCAUCUUUUGUUCAUCUUUUGUUCAUCUUUUUAAUCUAAUCAUAAUCCUAAGCAGCAGAAAAGAAGGAGACCCACUAAGCGUGCUCGCAAAAAGAACCCCAUUCAAUUUUAUUUUCGUUUUUAAAAAAUUUAUUUAAAUGGGUUUCGUUCCUUUUUGUGGGGCUUCGAUUGGGCUGUUAUAUGUUGGUUUGCCUUCCUCUUAAUUUUCAGCUUUUAUUGCUGGGUUUUAUUUUUAAACAAAAAUUGAGGUUUAUUUUCAUGUUUUCAGGAUUUGGGUUACAACAACAACAAACACACUCUAGAGAAUAUAGUGGUCUAUUUGGGAGUGAAAUUAGUUGAAAAUUUUCAUCUGGGUAAUUUUUAUUUGUAGUUGUUGUUUUGCGAAGGAAAAAAAUGAGUGAAAAUAGCCCAAAAUUGUUGGAUUUGAUAAAUAAAAGUGUUAAUGACGGAAGAAAAUAUGGGUUGUCAUCUUCAUCAUCAUGUUGUGAUGAGAACAAUAAGCUAGAACUAAGGCUUGGUUUACCUGGUGAUAAUAACAAUAAUAGAAACUGGUCAGCCAAACACGCCCUUGAUUCUAGACAGAUAGAGGAUUCACUUCUCUCUCUGGGACACCAUGGUAGUGGUGGUGUGAUCAGGUGUGGGAAGGAACACAGUCAUCAACCAUGGACUUCAUCUUCUACUGCUGCAAUACCAACUACAACUACAAGUAAUUCUGCAUUUCAGUACAACCAAACACGCCCUAAAGAAGCUUUGCCUGUUAUGGUAAAAGAUGCAUCACAGGCCUGUUGCACUAGAAUAGUAGAGUUGCAGUCUGCAGAAAAGAAGACAUUUUCACCAUCUUCUGCUCUUACAGCUGUGCCCAACAUUUCUCAGAAAAGAGCUGCUCCUACUCCAGUUGUGGGUUGGCCUCCAAUUCGAUCAUUUAGAAAGAACCUUGCUAGUAGUAGCAGCUCAGGGAAAUCUGUUCCAGAACCGCAAAGUACGAAGGGUGCGAAUGAAAAACCGGCAAAGGACAACUCUAUCAAGGGUCUGUUUGUGAAGAUUAAUAUGGAUGGUAUACCGAUUGGAAGGAAAGUCGAUCUGAGCGUGUAUAACAACUACGACAGCCUCUCGUCUUCUGUUGAUGAGCUUUUCAGAGGGCUUCUUUCAGCUCAAACAGAUUCUUGUACUGGUGCGAUUGAUAACAAACAUGAAGAGCAGAAAGCUAUUACCGGUUUGUUGGAUGGAAGUGGGGAAUAUACUUUGGUCUAUGAGGAUAACGAAGGAGACAGGGUGCUUGUUGGCGAUGUCCCAUGGCACAUGUUUGUGUCAACUGUGAAGAGGUUACGGGUGCUGAAGAGUUCCGACCUGUCCACACUAAGCCGUGGUGGCAAUAAACAAGGCAAGAUACUGAUUGACAAUCCAUCCAUGUGAAUGUUGCUAAAUGGAGUUGUCAAUUUAUUCUGUGUUUUAAGUAACUUUGUUGAGUUCUUACUUGGUGAAAUGUUGAAACUGAGAGCAGGAGAUGUGUAUUUGGUCUAAUAUUCUUCUAAUUCUCGCCUAUGUAUAAAGGAGAUAACUGAUGGGUUUUGUUUUGGAUAUUAUGGUUUUCUACAAUGAUUCCGAAAACUCACAAGUUGUUGCCUCUAGGCUCUAAGCUUGUUUGUUCCUAUGUUGGUUUCUAAAUUUUGUAUUACGAGCUAGGAGAUGGUCUUUCUUUUACAAAGUAGAGCUUCAUAAUAGAAGCACUUGUGCUU